UCUUCUAUCUUUCGUUAGACUCUUAACCAUCUAAGCAAGAAUACAAUUGAAUUGAACUAAAGCACUGAACUGGACCCUUUCUGCAUUUAUACCACCAAUCUAACAUAAAACAAACACAAUAAGGCUUCAAGCAGUCUUUAUUCCCUUGAAAAUUUGAUGUUAUUAUCGAGUUAGAUGAUAAACCACAAUGUUUAGGAUUCCUUUUGGUCUCUAAGACGCUUGAUUCCAUAUUUUACGGUGGCAGCUGUUGUUGUUUCGGGGACCCAGGCGCCUCCAGCAAUUUUUCUGUUUAAAGAUUUGCAGUGCCAAUACCAACCGCCAAUCUUCGGAGGUCAUCUUUUCCGCUGGGACCAGUGUACUUCUUGUGUUGUGAUACUUCCAUACGCUUGAUCAACUUACGGAGUGAUGCACCAUAACGGGGUACCAUAUUUCCCACAAUUCCAACUUCUUUGUACGUUUAGCCAUAACUAUUACAGUACAAACCACCGUGAAGAAAUCCUAAAGCAAAAGACAGAAGAGACGUGAAAACACAACAGCGCCCUCUUCAGGAUACUGCCAUCUUUCGGCGUGUUAGAAACAAGUGAUCGCGACUUCAACCAUUGGAACUUCAAAUAAAAAAGGAUAAAAUGGUUGAUGAGCAGGAGAAAUCGCAUCGUGCGGGAAUAUGGAAACAGCAGAACAAGCCUCAUAAAACUGGGAGACAUCGCAGCAAAGGCCAAAUCGAUUUGGAAAAUAAAGGUAGGGUAUCUGUGAGGACACUUACUAAGAAAGCCUUGAAAGAGAGAAGAAAGGUUGAUAGAAGACAUCAUGCUUUGCAAAUUCGAGCAAAGAAAAGAGAAGAGGUUUUGAGAAAGAAGCGGAACAUUGGCAGCAGGAAUGCACCUCCACACCUUGUGGCUGUCAUUCCACUACAUCAAGAUACAGAUAUUGGGGAGUUGUUGGAGAAGAUUCGAAACAUUGAUGAGGAACAAGCCACAGUUUGCGACUCCAAAUUAAAAUCUGCUGGAUUUACUAUAAAUGUAUCAAGAUUGAAGCACCGAUUUACUGGCUUGUCAGCUUCAGUUUUGACAACGAUGGGUCUCGAUAAAGUUCCCAUAAAAAAGAGAUCAGAAACAAAGAAAAUGAUUCACAAAUCUAUUUCGAAGAAUUUUCCGGAUUCUAAGCUUCAUAAUGUUGAUACAGAACAAGAUGUCUUAUUAAUGCUAAGAACGGUUGCGGAACAAAAACGAAAGAGUGUUAAUCUUCGACAGCAACGACCAUAUCUAUUAGCGGACAAUUUUACUUUUGAAUGUAAAGAUGGUGAAGAUAAAGGAAUGCUAGCUGUUACUGGAUUUCUCCGAGGAGCAAACCUAGAUGUAAAUAGACUUGUACAUGUAGUAGGUUGGGGAGAUUUUCAAAUAAACAGAAUUAAUGCUGCUACCGAUCCAUCUCCAACUUCUUUACAGAGGAAGCAGAGAAAAACGAUUCCCGGUGGUGAUGCUACGUUAGGAGUUAAAUACGAUAUCAAUGCAAAUAUUGAUAUGUCUAGCCAGGAGACAUUGGCAAAAUUUGACCCUGAUGAGAGAGAAACCCUCGUAAAAGAAGCAGUAAUUGAUCCACUGGAUGCAGAACAAACAUGGCCAACAGAAGAUGAAAUGAAAGAAGCAGAAGAAGCUAUAAAAGAGAAAAAGAAAUUGGUGAAAAACGUUCCGAAAGGAACAUCAGAAUAUCAAGCUGCUUGGAUUCUUGACAGUGACGAAGAAUGGGAAGAAAAGAACAAUGAUGAUGAAGAUGACUUGGAUUCUGAUGAUGAAAUAAUGGAGGAAGAUGAUGAAUUGAAACCAACUGUGGAAGAAGAUUCUCAGAUGCAUAGUCUUGAUGGAGGAGGGAACGAGCUCUCGAAAGAUUACAGAGAAGAAAGAUCUCAUAAAUUGUUUCCAGAUGAAAUUGAUACCCCUGACUUGCCAGCUAGAGUCAGUACAUUUCAAAAAUACAGAGGUUUACGUAGUUUCAGAACAUCACCGUACACAAAAGAAAAUCUUCCAUUAGAUUAUGCAAGAAUUUUCCAAUCAAACUUCAACAGAACUAGGAAACGACUGAGAAUGCUUGAAGUUGACGAAGCUGUUAAGCAAGGAAUGUAUGUGACUCUAUAUCUUGAAGAUGUUCCGAAGGUUUUUGUUGCAUCUCAUUCAUCUCAAAUCAUUAUUUAUGGAAUGUUUCCUCAUGAGCAAAAAAUGUCUGUCGUUCACAUGGCACUAAAGAGAGGUCAAGGUCGAUAUGAAGACAUACCAGUGAAAAACAAGGACGAGAUGCUAUUUUAUGUCGGUUUUCGCAGAUUUAGAGCAAAACCACUAUUCUCACAACAUACAAAUGGUGACAAGCAUAAGAUGGAGAGAUAUUUACAGAAAGAAAGUGUUUCUGUUGCUUCCGUUUACUCACAAAUCUUAUUUCCUCCUGCGAACGUAAUGAUGUUUAAAGAAACAUCAACAGGUAUUUUACCCAUCGCCUCUGGAAAUGUAUUCAAAGUUGAUCCUGAUAGAGUUGUCACAAAGAGAAUAGUCCUCAGUGGACAUCCCUUCCGCAUUCACAAACAUCUUGCAACAAUUAGGUAUAUGUUUUUCAAUCCAGAUGAUAUUCUCUGGUUUAAACCUGUAGAACUCCGUACUAAAUGGGGAAGACGUGGGCACAUUAAAGAGGCAUUGGGCACGCAUGGGCACAUGAAGUGUACUUUUGAUUCGCAACUUACAUCGCAAGAUACAGUUUUAAUGAAUCUGUACAAGAGAGUUUAUCCUAAAUGGUCAUAUGACCUGAUAACGCCUGUAAAUCGUACAAAGGUCGACUUCCAUGAUUCGGAUCAUGCUUUAACCUCUAAAGAGAUUGAAUUUGAUGACGAAUUUUUUGAAUGAUUUUAAUAAAAAAAUAUUGCCAUGUA